GGAGGUAUGUAGCAAUUUGUGAAACUGGGGAGAAACCUACAAUAGCAAUUUAUGAUCUUCAGACACUUAAGAGAAGAAAACUUCUUGGAAUACCAUUUGACACUCCUGGUGUCACAAAAUUCACAUGUGUGGAGUUUAGCUUUGAUAGCAAAUAUUUAGCAGCAGUUACUGGAGAACCUGAUCAAAUGAUGCUUUAUUACAAUUGGGAAAAAGGAAAAGUGGAAUCCAGUAUAGCAGUAGGGAAUCCUCAAAAUUUAUUGGCUGUUGUAGACGUAUUAGCUUGUAACCCAGCAGAUAGUGGGGUGGUUGCACUUGGAGGACUAUACAAUUUCAAAUUUCUGACACUUUCUGACUCUGUAUGGCGUCCCUAUGGAUUUUCAAAGGCAGACAACAUACUUAUAUGUUCAAUGGCAUGGUUGAAUUCAGAUAGAUUAUUUCUUGGAACAAGAGAUGGUAGAAUCUUUUACUUAGAACAUGGUGACUUAAAAAAUAUGUAUAAGAUGUCAGAUACAGUAUCUAUGAAUCUUAAAAUUCGAGAAGAAUAUGUAAUACCAGCUAGUAGUUCACUACUGAAUGUUAGCAAAGAUAUUUCAUGGGAACACCAUAUUAGUUGUUUAAUUGCCUUUCACAGAGGAUUCGCAUUUGCAUUUGGCUUUAAGACAAUUAUAUUAUUUGAAAGAGAUGGUCAGCAUAAGUAUGUGAAAAGAAAUAUUUAUGUAGUUCCACCACAAAUAUCUAAAGACAACAGUCGAGACUUAUAUAAAAUUAAUGCUAUGAAUGUUAAUCUAAGUUUUGAUCGCCUGUUAGUAACAACUGGUUGGACUCAAAUAUUUUAUGCAAGAUUAUGGGGACCAGAUCUAAAUGUAGAUCCAGAGCCACAAGAAUUAAAUAUUAUGGGUCAACCAUUGCACCAAGGACCCAUAAGUAAUCUGUCAGUAUGUGCUUGGAAAUCUAUUUUUAUGACCUGUGGAGAACUUGACAACAGUGUAAGAUUAUGGGAUUUUGAAUCAGGAAAUUUGACUUUACUUAAACAAUAUGCAGAAGAUAUUUGUGGAAUUGCAUUACACCCUACAGGUCUUUUCUGCUUAAUUGGUUUCAGUGACAAGUUACGCUUUAUGAGCAUACUGAUAGAUGAUUUACUACUCAUGGAGGAAUUUCCUAUUAGAUGCUGUAAGACUGCAUCAUUUAGUUACGGGGGACAUUUAUUUGCUGCUGUUAACGGAAAUAUCGUACAAGUUUAUUCGUCCAUCGAUUACGUUAAUUGUUUUGUUUUAAAAGGACAUAUAAAUAGAGUGAAGACUUUAUUAUGGUCAAGGUCGGAUACAAAACUGCUGACAUUAGGUGCAGAAGGUGUGAUAUAUCAAUGGGAUAUGAGCACUGGCCGACGUUCUGCAGAAAUAAUUUUAAGAGGCCUAAAAUUACACGAUAUUGCUUUCUCUGUUGAUGAAUUAGUUUCUUACUGUAUUACCGAUGAUAAUUUAAUACGUGAAAUAAAGGAUAGCGCGGUAGUUAGGCAGUAUAAUCUCCCAGAUGCAAACAUGUACUCUAUGGUAUUAGGAAAAGAGGAUCAAGUUCUAUUUCUUGUUUGCCCUAAUGGUAUUAUUUUAUCAGUGAAAUGUCCACUUCAAGAACCAAUACAUUAUACUUCUUUUCAUAUUCAUUCUGCUGAUAUUACAAAGAUUGCUCUUUCUUACAAUGAACAAUAUUUAAUAUCUACUGCUGCAGAUGGUAGUUUAUGUAUUUGGAGGCUGUUUUAUCCUGAAGGAAAAGGGACAAUAGGUAAAGAGCUUCCAUAUACAAAUGAAGUGCUAAUUAGCAAAGGAGAUUUAGAAGAAAAAAUACAAAUGAUUGAAAUCUUGAAUGUUAGAAUGAGAGAGCUGGAAACAGAGCACGCAUAUAAAAUGCGUCAAAUAGAAGUCCUGCAUAACGAUAAAGUGCGUGAUAUUCAUCAAGGAUAUUGCGAAGCUAUUGAAGAAUUAAGAGAUAACAUAAGCAGACAACAAGAGAAUCAUAAGAUUGAAUUAAAUGCGAUAAAUGUGGAAAUAGUUAAAAUGAAGGAAAAGCACGAAGAAACGAUGAAACAAGUAGAAAUGAAUUACGACGCUAAGCUUAUUACAGAAUAUGAUAAGUAUUUAGCGCUGGAAAAUAGCAUGAAUGCAAUGCGUAAAGAUUAUGAAAAACGUUUGGAAGAAGUAGAGAAACAUGGAAUCGACGAAUUACAGGCAGCAACGGUUAAAUAUGAAGCUCUUCUUUAUGAAAAGAAACUGCAGCUAGAGCAAAUUCAAGAUGAGAUGACCCAUCAGGAACAGGUACAUGAACAGAUGACGACACAAAUAGAAGACGACGCAGAUCAAGAAAUACUGGAACUGAGAACAAAUUAUGAAAGCAAGUUACAGGAAGAAAAAGAGUUGAAUAUACGACUGAAAGGAGAAGCUGGGAUGAUACGUAAUAAAUUUGUUGCUAGUCAGAAAGAAAUUGAAGAACUGAAAAGGCAAGUGCAACGAGUCCAAAGUCAAUAUAAAUAUUUCCAAACAACUAUUCAAGAACUAGAGAAAGAUAAAGAAGACCUAAGGAAAGAGAUAAUCGAGAGAGAUAUCACGGUUCAAGAUAGAGAAAAUCAGAUAUACGAGUUAAAACGCUCAAAUCAGGAGUUGGAAAAAUUCAAGUUUGUCUUAAAUUAUAAGAUUACAGAAUUAAAAAAUCAGAUAGAACCGCGGGAACAAGAAAUCAAAGAACUUAAGGAAAAGAUUCGAGAUAUGGAAACGGAACUUGUUAAUUUACAUAAGACUAAUGUUAGUUUAGAAUUACAACUACACGAGUUGAGAGAAAAAUUGGGAGCCGCGAGACGUGAACUUCAAUAUGAAAUGCACCGAAAUAAAAGGUGCCAACAAUUUGUAAAAAAGAUACGAGUAGAUUUACUUGACGUUUCGGGUCUCGUACAAGAACCACAAGCGUUGAAAGCUGCAGUUACCAAAUUGUAUCAUAAAUACAGUUCCAGCGAUGAAUUCUUACGUAGUCGUAAAGCAGAUUUAGAUGCACAGUGUGAAUUUAUAAAACAGAGAGACCAUUUAGAAAGGACAAUAGCUUCUCUUAAAAAACAAGUUUAUCAGGAUACGUCGGGUAGUAGUAAGGAUGUAGAUAGAACUAUAGAGGAAAAUAUUACACUGAUCGCAGAACUGAAUGCUCUGAGGGAAGAACUGAAAGAUUCAAGAAGACAUAUAAUGCAUAUGGAAGGUCUUUUAGGCUUAACAGGAAAAGAUAUAAAACCAUCUGAAGCAAGAAGAAAAAUAGAUGCUGCAUGUUAUGAUCAUGAAAAGUUACAAAAUGAAUACAAGUCCCAAAUGCAAGAAUGCCAAAGCAUAAUAAUUGCACUAAAAGAUGACAUGCAUAAACUGAUUAGUAAACUACCUUGUGAAGAACAAGAAAUUAAGGCAACUAUUUAAAUAUGCUUUUCUGCUAAUUCAACUAGUACUACAAAGAUAUUCAAAAAGGAUACUAUACAUAUAUAAUAAUAAAGUAUAAGUCUGUUAUAAAUUAUUUAU